UUGAACCUAAUAUUGUGAGAAGUGUAUGUUAUAUACAUCAACGUGAAGAUUGUACGGAUAUCAGUUAAUACGAAAAUAUUUCAACAUGUCUUUUCUUAACGAGAUGAUAGUGUUGGCAUACACAGCCCAAAUGAUGUCUACCUUGCCUGAAAAGGCAGGGAAUAUUAGUGUAGUUCAAAAUACUACGACCUUGUCGCCAGUGGAGGUGGAGAACAAAUUCGACUUAUACGACCAAUGGUAUAUGUGGCGAUGUUACGAGCCUUUCGGAUGCUUUUAUAUUGGACCACCCUGGUCUGGAGAGAACCGACCGGUGUCCACAUUUCCGGCAAGACCGGACAGCAUCAAUCCUCAUUACAUCCUUUAUACGCGCGAACAGGUCGGAAAACCUUAUGAAUUAAAGAUCGAUGGAAAUUCAACGAUCCGGAAAUCGCCAUUGAACAAGAAGAACAAUUUGUAUUUUAUUGUCCACGGAUUCCUGGACAACGGCGACAAAACUUGGGUUUUGAGAGUGAUGAAGGAGUUGCUCUUGCGGGAAGAUUGCAACGUCGUGAUCAUCAAUUGGCUCGCCGGUGCUGGGCCACCUUACACACAAGCGGUGGCAAAUACACGGCUAGUGGGUGCUAUGAUAGCUCGUAUGGCAGCACUACUAAUCGAGAUCACGGAAUUACUACCCUCCAAGAUGCACUGUAUCGGCCACAGUCUAGGCGCUCACACUUGCGGUUACGUUGGAUUCCACUUACGUGUUCGAUACAACUAUACAUUAGCUCGAAUUACAGGUCUUGAUCCAGCGGAACCGCACUUUAGCAACACGCAUCCGAUGGUCCGACUUGAUCCGACGGACGCGAACUUCGUGACAGCCAUUCACACCGAUUGUGAUCUUUUUAUUAGCGGUGGCCUAGGUAUUAGCCAACCCGUUGGUCACAUUGAUUUCUAUCCGAACAGCGGUCGCAAUCAGCCUGGAUGUAAUGAGGGUGUGCUGAAUUCCAUCACCUUGGAACGCGGCAGUUUCAUUCGCGGUAUUAGGAGAUUUCUAGGAUGCAAUCAUAUUCGUAGCUACGAAUACUUCAUUGAGAGCAUAAAUUCGCCAUGCCCAUUCUUAGCCGUGCCAUGCAGUUCGUGGGAGAAAUUCCAAGAAGGCAGUUGUUUCGACUGCGUAAAUCAAUAUUGUCCUAGAUUCGGAUUGGACGCUCAGCCUGGAAAUUACCACGCAUCUGUGUAUCUAAUGACUGGAUCUGAUAAGCCUUUCUGCAAAGCUCACUACAAGCUGACCAUAAAUAUCUCGAAAACAGACGAAAGUUUGUUGCACGGAGGGGAGGUCGGAUUGUUCGUUGUACGCGUGAUCGGCGUAAACGGCAAAAAGACCGAAGAGAUGCAGCUGAGUCCAGCCUCGAAGUACUACGAGCCUGGUAGCACGCACACCAUCGUACUGCCCGGCGACGUUAUCGGGAAGCCGCACUCGGUGGAAAUCACCUGGAAAUACGAGACCCGAGUCUGGAACCCACUCACAUGGAGACUGUUCCACACGCCACGGGUUUAUAUCGACAUGCUGACUAUAAAAAACUUGGAGACUGAUUACGGGGUUACGCUGUGUCCGGACGACACGAAAGCACUAAUCACUAACAAACCCAAGAUUCUUACCACGGAUAAUUGUCACAACAUGGAACACAAUACAAAUUCCAUAUGAAGAACCAAUAAAAUUCACGUGUCAUUCAUUGUUUCUCACAAUCGAAGAUUGAAACGAGUAUAAUUUCGUUGACAUAAUUGAAUUUC